AUUUUCAGUUAACAUGUUUGAUGAGGAUUUUGAUUUAGGAAAAUAAGAAGAUUUGGCCAGGGAAGUGAAAGAAAUGGAGGUGAAAGCAAAUACAUUGCAAGAGAAAUCGCAGCAAGAUCGAUAUCUGGGUAUUCAUUUGAUGGAUCACUCUUAGAAUUCAGCGAAAUGGUAGUAAAUUCCUUUAAAAUGAUGGAGAAAAAAUUUAAUGAAAUGGAGUCUAAAUUUAGCAAGGUCUUAUAGUAUAAAAACAAAGAAAAUACUACAAGUAACAUUAGAUAAAAAAGUGUUUCAGUUGGAAAAAUAUACGCGCCUCCAAAAAUAUCAGCUGGUAAGAUUUCUUUACCUAAACAUUUACCCCCUCAAUUAAAGAAAAGCAUUUUAAAAACAAAAAAAUGAAUUGAAUUUAGUUACUAUUCCAAC